GCAGGCUGUUUUAGGGUAGCUGCGGGACCCGAUCCUUCAGGAUCUUGGCACAGAGCGAGCCAGGGCUGGAAGGCCAGGCACCCCCGGCCCGAGAGGUUUAAAGCCCUCUCCCAUUUCCGGGCUCUGCCCCUUCAGGAUGGUGGUGCCUUCGCUGAAGCUUCAAGAUCUAAUCGAGGAGAUCCGUGGGGCCAAGACCCAAGCCCAGGAGCGGGAGGUGAUUCAAAAGGAGUGCGCCCACAUCCGCGCCUCCUUCCGCGAUGGGGACCCUCUGCACAGGCACCGCCAGCUGGCCAAACUGCUCUACGUCCACAUGCUGGGCUACCCCGCCCACUUUGGACAGAUGGAGUGCCUGAAACUGAUCGCCUCCCCCAGAUUCACAGACAAGAGGGUGGGCUACCUGGGGGCCAUGCUUCUACUGGAUGAGAGGCAGGAUGCCCAUCUGCUCAUUACCAACAGCAUCAAGAAUGACCUGAACCAGGGGAUUCAGGUGGUGCAAGGCCUGGCCCUGUGUACUCUGAGCACUGUGGGCUCUGCUGAGAUGUGCCGGGACCUGGCCACUGAAGUGGAAAAACUGCUCCUGCAGCCUGGCUCCUAUGUGCGCAAGAAGGCUGUUCUGACUGCCGUGCACAUGAUCCGGAAGGUCCCGGAGCUCUCCAACAUCUUCCUCCCACCCUGUGCCCAACUGCUUCAUGAACGCCACCACGGCAUCCUGCUGGGCACCAUCACGCUGAUCACGGAGCUCUGUGAACGAAGCCCUGCAGCCCUCAAGCACUUUCAAAAGGUGGUGCCCCAGCUGGUGCAGAUUCUCCGGACUCUGGUGACAACAGGAUAUUCCACAGAGCACAGCAUAUCUGGAGUCAGCGACCCCUUCCUGCAGGUCCAGAUACUUCGUCUGCUUCGGAUUCUGGGCCGGAACCAUGAAGAAAGCAGUGAGACCAUGAAUGACUUGCUGGCUCAGGUGGCCACUAACACAGACACCAGCCGAAAUGCGGGCAAUGCAGUCCUAUUUGAGACGGUGCUGACCAUCAUGGACAUCCGUUCUGCCACCGGCUUGCGGGUUCUGGCUGUCAACAUCCUUGGCCGCUUUCUGCUCAACAGUGACAAGAACAUUAGGUAUGUUGCCCUGACGUCAUUGCUGCGUAUGGUGCAGUCUGAUCACAGCGCGGUGCAGCGGCACCGGCCCACUGUGGUGGAAUGUCUACGGGAAGUCGAUGCCUCCCUUAGCCGGAGGGCCCUGGAGCUGAGUCUGGCUCUGGUGAAUAGCUCCAAUGUGCGAGCCAUGACACAAGAGCUACAGAGCUUUCUGGAAUCCUGCUCCCCUGAUCUACGGGCCGAUUGUGCCUCAGGCAUCCUGCUGGCAGCAGAGAGGUUUGCCCCAACCAAGCGGUGGCACAUAGACACCAUCCUGCGUGUGCUGACAACGGCAGGCACCCAUGUACGGGAUGAUGCGGUGGCCAACCUGACACAGCUGAUUGGGGGUGCCCAGGAGCUACAUGCCUACUCUGUGCGCCGCCUCUACAGUGCCCUGGCAGAGGACAUCUCCCAACAACCACUGGUGCAAGUGGCAGCCUGGUGCAUUGGAGAAUAUGGGGACCUCUUGCUGGAGGGGAGCUGUGAGGAGACUGAGCCCCUUCAGGUGGAGGAAGAGGAUGUGCUGGCCCUGUUGGAAAAGGUGCUGCAGUCCCAUAUGUCCCUGCCAGCCACCCGAGGAUAUGCCCUGACUGCCCUCAUGAAGCUCAGCACCCGGCUCCGUGGGGACAACAACCGCAUCCGCCAGGUGGUGUCCAUCUAUGGGAGUUGCCUGGACAUGGAGCUGCAGCAGCGGGCCGUGGAGUAUAACAUGCUCUUCCGGAAGUACGACCACAUGAGGGCUGCCAUCCUAGAAAAGAUGCCUCUUGUGGAGCGAGGUGGCACUCAGGAUGAGGAGAUAAAGGAAAGCAAAGAAGCUCAACUUUCAGAAGCCAGUCUUGUUCCCACAGAGCCACAGGCCUCUGAGCUCUUGGAUCUGCUAGAUCUCCUGGAUGGCACUUCCGGGGCUGCCCAGCCCCCACCUCCUCUGGAACCCUCCCCAGGAGCUGUUCUAGUACACCUCCUCGACCUGCCCUGUGACCUGCCCUCUGCAUCUCCACCCCCAGCUUCCAUCCCAAAUCUCAGAGUGUUUGAACGUGAAGGACUUCAGCUGAAUCUGUCUUUUGUUCGACCCCCUGGAACUCCUGCUUUGCUCUUAAUCACCAUCACUGCUAUCAACACCUCAGAGGCUGAUGUCAUCCACUUCAUCUGCCAAGCUGCUGUGCCCAAGAGUUUCCAGCUGCAGCUACAGGCUCCUAGUGGGGACACAGUUCCAGCUCACAGUGGCCUUCCAGUGACCCAGCUGCUCAGAAUCCUCAAUCCUAACAAGGCUCCCUUGAGGCUAAAGUUGCGCCUUACCUACAACCACUUUGGCCAGUCGGUGCAGGAGAUCUUUGAGGUGAACAACUUGCCCAUGGAAACAUGGCAAUAACUCAGCCUCCACUCAGUCUGAAAUCCUCCUGUGUCCCAAACUCUCCAAGGUCCCAGCCACUCAGAGCCUGUACCUGACGGCUGCCAGCAGAUGGCGCUCUGGUCCUGCACUUGCCUCUGCAAAAUCCAUGGGGGGUGCCCCCCCCACACCUCUCACGAAUAAUGAAAGCCCAAUAAAGCCUGAGGGGGGAAAGCCA